AGAGUGAGAAAAGUUACUUCUUUUUUACUCUAUGUGUUUUGACAGACACCUCAAUAUCAAAAGAAGACUCGGGAAUUUCAUGCAGUUGUUGCAAGCAGUGAGUUGCAAAUGCAACCGAAAUUGACAGUUGUGUCUCUGCCUUCAACUUUUUGCUACGAACCAAAUUUCUAAAGUGAAGAAUUGACCAACACAAACCGUUGGCCAUAAUAAACAAGCUAUUACCAUGGAAGGCAUGUUCUCAACAGUGGAAAAGCAGGUACUCGAGACGCGGCUCGUUGCUGUCAAAAAGUACAAAAAACAUCACGGUCAAUUGGUGCAAAGACACUACCAGCGGGAGCUCUGGGCAUUACGGACCAUGUCCUUGGAAUCUGAAGCCGAAGCACGAGAGAAUCACGUCAUUUGUUUACUGAGUGCCGAUUCAACAGGUGGCGCUCACUACUUGACCUUCCCUUACUAUGAGUAUACGCUUAUGAAUUUUGUGGAAGACAGAGACCGCCAGUUUGCUUUGAGUGCACUGUACCAGAUUGCACAGGGGCUCAUUUUUCUGCAUUCGCAAGGAAUUGUUCAUUGCGAUCUGGCUCCUACUAAUAUUUUGGUCGAUCAUGACCAACAGGUGGUCAUCGCCGACUUUGGGUGCGCCCAUCUGUAUUCUUCAAGUACAACAUACCCAGACUCUGGCUUCAACUCGAUGGAAGAAAUCGGUACCAGAUACUAUAAAGCACCUGAGCACUUGUUCGGAUACCGUGUGUAUCAGCCGGCAACCGACAUUUGGUCACUUGGCACUAUAUCUUGUCACCUGUUACUAGGACAUCCGAUAUUUGAUGGACAAAGCGAUUUAGAACAAAUUGGAAUGAUAGUGCGUUCGCUAGGCCCCCCUCCUAUUGAAGUCAAGGAAGAGGUAAAGGAAGAAAGCCAAGGAUGUGAUCGGGCGGAGGAUACACUUUCCAGGCGCAACAACAACGAUAGUUAAAAGAAUACAUUCUAGGAAAUGAGCAUGUACCCAGACAUCGACAAGUUGAUCUUUUUUGGGGGCGAUUCUCUACUAAGCCAACAAGACAGCGAUGAUGACGAUAGUGGUGGCAGUGACGAGGAUGACGAAGUGGAUGCAGCAGAGGAAGAAACACUUCACGGUGAAAGUGUUCAAGCCAAUAUUGCAAAGAUGCCCAAUGCAAAAUCGCUUAGUUUAGGAUCAAUAUUGAAUGAAUCGUUUGUUGCACGAGAGGAUCAAGUUUUGAUCCGCCGUAUGUUGACAUGGUCUAUCAAGGAG